AUGCUCUUCCACUCGACGCUUCUCUCUCUCGCCUCGGUUGCCCUGCUCUCGGCCUCGACGGUGUCGGCCGCACCAGCGGCGAACCACGAGUCGGCCUCCGCAGGUGACCUCGAACGCCGUUCGGCUAUGGCCCAAGUCGUCACCACCUGCAAGAACGUAAGCAUCCCACUUCUGCUCCGUCGUCUAGAACAUCUGCCAAGAAACCUAUGCUGACUCCUUGAAGUUUUGUCAUCAUCGCCGAUCAAUCAACAAAUUCGUUCCCCGUCGUCGACUUGCUCUGGCCCUCUCUUGCAUUACGCUAGCGAGGAGAAUUUGCCAUGACCUUUGACGAUGGACCUGUGAGUGUGAAUUGGCAUGGGGUGUGGACGUUGUCGAGCGGUGUUGGCAUUGUGUGACUUCACGCAAAAGCUACCCAAAAUAGCCCAGACUCAUUUACCGGCUUUCGAUCCAAAAUCAGCACGGUUGGGGAUCAAGUAUUGCUCAGGUGUUCACCAAGUACAACUCGCAUACAACCUUCUUCGUCAACGGGUGAGCUUGCGUCCGCUUCUGUCGGUAGAGAACGUGUGGGCCCUGUGCUGAUCCAAAGUCGCUCACCGCCUCCGCAAAAAAGUUACAACUACGACUGUAUCUAUGAUCAAGCUGAUGAUCUCAUCAAGCGCUAUAACGCUGGUCACACCAUCGCCGUCAGUCUUGGACUGGGCCAUAUCGAGAAUCCGACUUUUGGGCUGACCUCCUGUCUCACCACCGUUCCCGCGCGCAGUCCCAUACUUGGAACCAUUUCGACGUCACGCAAUUGAGCGACGAUCAGAUUCACCAGCAAUUGGAUUUGGUCAGUCCACCAAACAUUUUGUGUAUCAUGUUCGUAUUUGUCUGACGGUGCAAUGUACCCGCAGAUCGAAACGGCGCUCAAGAAGAUCCUCGGCAUCAAGCCCAAACUGUUCCGUCCCCCCUAUGGAGCGAUCAACGAGCGCGCGGCCAAGCUCAUCGAGUCGCGAGGCUACACGAUCGUCACCUGGGACUUUGACUCGAACGACAGCGAUGGACACACGACCGGACCUCAAUCCGUCAAGCUGUACAACAAGCUCGCCAACUCGUACCCCAAGCCUCACAUUGCGCUCAACCACGAGGUCUACAAGAGCACCGGAGAGACCGUCGUUCCUCAGGUUGUGCCGAUGCUCCUCAAGAAGGGUUACAAGGUCGGUUCCGUUGAUUCACUUGCGAUUGAAUGACAUGCUCUACGUUCAAUCUAACGUCACCUUGUGAUCGAACAGCUCGUUACGGUCGACGCUUGCUUGGGCAUCAACCCUUACCAGUCGGUCGGCAAGGCCAGCAAGAGGGACAAGACCUGGACUUGCCAAGGCACGCCCAAGCCCCACGCAGACUAA